AUGUGCCAAGGUAUACAGCAAAUAUACGCCGAGUGUGGUCACGAGCACAACAUCGAAGUCACAGAACCCUGCACCCGCUUCUCGAACCACCCCUCCCUCAAGCUCUGCACUUUCCAAACCAUCUACACCAAAGCCAUUUCGGAACCGGUGCGCUGCACCCCAUGCUCCCGCCGCGUCGAGCGCAACAUCAUCAAGGAAUACGAGAUCCAGAACGCGCAGUAUGAGACGCAGGUGCAGUUGCUGACGCGGGAGUUGCGGGCAGAGAUGGAUGCUGAUAGGAGGAGAGAGAUGAGGGGGAAGAUCAGUGACUUGGUGGAAGAGUUGGGGGAUUCGAAGGAUAGGAGGAAUGAGGAGAUUGCGGAAGUUCGGUUCCGGCACGGUGGAAGGGCGUCGUGUUGA